GUUUGGAGAUAAGAUUGGGACAAAGCAGCAGCACUAAAUCCCAUUCCCUUUCUCUUUCUUUCAUUCUCCUCUUUCGGCACACAAAGGAGGCUGGAAUUUCUAUAAGUAUUGAUCUUUUCUUCCCGAAAUUGGAACGCCAGUUCCUCGAUUCUUUCCCCUCAGGUACUACUUUAUACUAUCAGACCGGUGCAUAUUGGCUUUUGUUUCUGGGAAAUUUACGUUCCAUUGGUCUCGGAGUUAUCGUUUUUUGGUUUAGAAGUGUAGAAAUUGAAGGAAAUUGAUUGUUUUGCUUUAAAGGUUGGAUUUUGGGUCUUCAGACUUGACUUUUAUCUUCAUUUAUGAAGGAUCUCAAUGGUUUGGCUUGAAUUGUGAACUAUAUUCGGAGGGAGUUGAGAUCUGGUUUGCUUGAGAUUAUUGGAUCGUCGUUGAAGGUGUGGGAUUUUGGUUUUGUUUCCAUGUCUUUUAAGAGUAUAAUUCAUGACAUGAAGGGGGAGAUUGGGAGUAUGUCAAGGAAGGGGUUUGAUGUGAGGUUGGGAUAUGGAGUGCGAUCGAGAUCGCAUCGGUUGGUUGGCGAUGGGCAGGGGAUGCCAGCGUUGGGUGCAUCGCUGAAGCAAAGCUGCUGGGCGAAUAUGCCUCUGGAGCUGCUGCGAGAGGUGUUGGUGAGGAUUGAGGCUUCAGAACACUCAUGGCCCCCGCGAAAGCAUGUGGUGGCCUGUGCAGGUGUUUGUAGGAGCUGGAGGGAGAUCAUGAAGGAGAUUGUUAAGACACUAGAGGUUUCUGGGAAGGUGACAUUUCCCAUCUCAGUGAAGCAGCCUGGUCCAAGGGACUUGCUUAUCCAGUGUUUUAUCAAAAGGAAUCGAACAAAUCAGACAUAUCGUCUUUUCCUUGGUCUGACUACGGCUUUGACGGAUGAAGGUAAAUUCCUUCUUGCUGCUCGGAGGUUUCGACGCCCUACAUGCACUGACUAUAUUAUCUCUUUGGAUGCUGAUGACAUGUCAAAAGGCAGCGGAACAUAUAUUGGAAAACUGAGGUCCAAUUUUUUGGGAACUAAAUUUACAGUGUAUGAUGGUCAGCCACCUCAUACUGGAACUGUGGCUUGGAAAAGUCGUUCGACACGUUUUGUAGGUUCCAAACAAGUCUCCCCAAGGGUACCUGCUGGGAACUAUCCCAUUGCCCACAUCGCUUAUGAGUUAAAUGUUUUGGGUUCCAGGGGACCUAGGAGAAUGCAUUGUGUCAUGGACUCAAUUCCUUCCUCUGCAAUUGAACCAGGAGGGGAAGCUCCUACACCAACCGAAUUCCCUCUUAGCAAUCUUGAUUCCUUUCCAUCAAUCCCUUUCUUCAAAACCAAGUCCAUUCGCUCAGAGAGUUUCCCAUCUGGACCAUUGUCAGUCCCAAAAGAAGGGACGCUAGUUUUAAAGAACAAAGCUCCAAGGUGGCAUGAACAACUCCAAUGUUGGUGUUUGAAUUUCAAGGGACGGGUAACGGUUGCUUCCGUGAAGAACUUCCAGUUGGUUGCUUCAGCAGAAGGUGGGCCGGCUGGUCCCGAUCAUGAUAAAGUGCUUCUUCAGUUUGGAAAGGUUGGAAAGGAUUUGUUCACUAUGGAUUAUCGGUACCCCUUAUCAGCUUUUCAGGCCUUUGCUAUAUGCCUCAGCAGCUUUGACACAAAAAUAGCUUGUGAAUAAAUGACAAGUUGUAGCAGCCGAAUUCCUGAAGCAUCGAGUGUGAGGCCACCAGAGCAAGUCUUGGAAACAUCAAGAUUCAGGACAUUGAGGAACUGAAGCGCUUAUGAACUUCCAUUGAAACCCGUCUUCCGUAUGCUUGUUUGUAGAUAUUGUUCUUGUAAGUGUGCUCAAUCUCCGAUCCCGGCCUCACUAUCGUCUCUACUCAUCAUUGCCUAAACAUGUACUUCAAUACAAUGUGAUAAACUUGAGAUUUAGGCAACAAUCCACAUGGGUUGUGCGUUAAACCACUGUCAUAACAUUAUAUUGCAUUCUGCAGACUCAAUUUUUCAAAGGUAUCUAUCAGUUAACUCGGA